AGUUUGCCCUAAUUUUCAGGCAAAAGAGAUAUACAACUUCACUCAAGAUGAUUUGACCACAGAAGAUGUACUAAUUCUAGACUGCUACGAAGAAAUAUAUGUUUGGAUAGGACGCUAUUCAAAUGUUACAUCAAAGCAACUAGCCCUCAGUAUUGGUCAGAAAUUUCUUGAGACAGAUAUCCUAGUUGAAGGACUGUCCUUGGAGACUCCAAUAUAUGUUAUUCCAGAAGGCCAUGAGCCACCAUUCUUUACUCAGUUUUUUGAAUGGGAUACCUUGAAGAUGAAUAUGCAUGGCAAUUCAUUUGAGCGGAAGCUUGCUACAUUGAAGGGCCAAAAACAGGCACUAGUAAGAAACUCAUGGAAAUCUUCUUCCACACCAGAGGGAUCAAGAAGCAAAUCUGGCAGCGCAAAUGGAUGGAAAAGAAGUGUGUCUCCAGCAUCUACCUUAUCAAGUUCUAAUUUGAGGUCCCCUGACAACCAAAAUGUAUCCAGCCCGACUCCAGUUGUUAGGAAGCUCUUUUCAACAUCCCCUUCAUAUCAAGGUUCUCCAGUACCAGAGCUGAACUCCUUAAAUCAGGUUGAUGCAAAUGAGACCAGUGUGAUCAGUUCCUUAAUAUUUCCAUACGAACAACUGAAAGUGGUUUCAAGUGAUCCCGUGACAGACAUAGACGUGACCAAAAGAGAGGCAUACUUGUCCAAUGAAGAAUUUGAAGACAAAUUUGGAAUGACACGAGGAGCCUUCUACAUGCUUCCAAAAUGGAGACAAAACAAACUCAAGAUGGCUCUUGAUCUUUUCUAGUAAGUCCUGACAAAUGCCAGCUCAAAGACAAAAAAAGGCCGUCCUGAUCUUCUGAUAGAUGUAUCAUCUUACCCCCUAGGCUCAUUUUUCAAGCAUUUAUAUUUGGAUUGAAGAUGUGUAUGCUUUACUACAUUGUCUCUGAAGCAUAGGUGUUUGAUACAUGAUGAAUCUUCUUUAUUCAAUUAUUUGGGACCUCUUACUUACAAACUACUCA